AUUCUCCAGUCACAGUCUCUUCGUGACAGUGGCAGUCGGUAAAUUCACGCAGCCUCUUUCUAACGCUAAACAAUGGCCGCUCAUCUUCACCUGUCAACAAGGACUCUUUUUCUGCUAGUCGUAGUAGCGUUGACUAUUGACAGCACGACUUCAGCUUCGCUCAACAAACCCGACGCAAAAACAGAGCCAGUCACCGGUAACUCCGCUUCCAUCAGUGUAAGGGCUUCUAAAUCACAGCUUCUUGUCGACUUCUUUGGACAUCAAAUCUCCUCUUCCAACAACUCUACUUUACCCACGAAGCCUGUUAACAGCACAUUGAUCAAAACUGUCGUAGGUCAGUCAAAAGUACCCGGCGGAAACGGAACCACUACACUUUAUAAAAUGACGAUAAAACUCGACGGAGAAAACGAGGAAGACGACCUCCUUUGCGACCUGAUUGUAAUGAGCAGGUCUGAUGUGGUGACUCAGGACACUGAUUACACUUGUCUCCCGAUCAACAACGGAUCUACCGAAGCGAUGCCCGAAGUCGCUCCAGUACCGCUCUUUAACCCAUUCUUUCCCAUUUCCGUCGAUGACACAAAAGUACAGGAAAUCGCCGACUUUGCCAGUAAGGCCGUAGCUGACAAAUGGAACUUAUUCAACAUCUUCACCCGAAUAGAAAAUGCCGAGACCCAAGUGUGCGCAACAGACAUAAACUACAAACUGAAACUGAAGCUGAAAGGAGAAGCCGAUAAAGACGAUAUUCUCUGUGAAGUGAUUGUCUCGGACCCAACUCAAAAAGACGCUGUCGUAACUCGCGAACUUUCACAGCACAGUUGCGUCUUGAACAAUCUUGAAUAGCACGUCGUCGGCCGAAGAAUACAUUCCUGGCGAAUUUGUGUCUACGUGGUUCUUCGAAUGAAGAUUUUUUGCUGUGUUUAUUCCUUUGACUAGUUAGAUGUGUUGUAUUUAUAGCCGCAUUACUUGUUUUCCUAUUAACAGGAUGUGGUUAGCAGUUAGCAUUCUUUCCUUUAUAUACCUUACUGUAAUUACUGACCUCACUUCAAGAUGGAUCAAUCUUAAGAAAUACACGUUUUUUUCUCGAUUA